UACAAUAUAUAAAUAUAUAUUUUUUUUAUUUUAAAAAAUAAUUAAUUAAUUCAAAAUGGCGCUUAAGGAAAAUAAAAAUAUAUACGCUGAGUGUAACCAUAUCAAACGAAUCCAACCUGAUGCUAGGGUUACAGAAGAAAUAGCAAAAGAAAUUGGUCAGAAUUAUCGAACUUUGCCAACAUUCGAGAAAGGUCUCUUCGACUAUACAUAUAUGCACCAUUAUUCACUGGAUCGGAAUGAAUUGCUCAAAUGUCGCUGGACGCAAUACAAGAAACAUAUUGAAGAACGUGUGUUUGCGCCCUUUCAGUUCCCUUGUAUAAGAGAUUUACAUUUCUACAAUGGUUGUGUUCGAUUCCUACCUGGCGAAUCGAUAUAUCGACAUCCCCAGCAUCGAAUGAAACUCACGUCAGGACCUGGAGUCGACUUUCGCGGUCAAAUGCCUAUCCCUCAAGAGCUCCUAAUGAAAAGAGGGAGAAUUGAAAAGAAAAAUAACGGUGAAAUUAUAGUUAAAAGAAAUAAAAAAACAACGAAAACAAAAAAUAGCACAUAA